UUUCUCGCCUGCGGCUAAAAUUUGUACGGCGAGGCGCUGCUGGAGGCAAUGUGGAUACAGUAUCCAGGUUUGCGUUUUAUAAAUAAGUGUGUCAGUACUUACGCAAACUGGCGGGAAUGUAGAUAGAGGCUUAUGUUUUUCUAUUUUUUUCUUUUCCCGGUUCUGUGAGUGGUGUUCCUCGAGCGCCUUACAUGCGGACUGUCAUUCAGAAAUACUACAACAGCUUCACGUGUUUGACCUUAGUCUGUCUAUUUUAGAUAUCAUUUCCUACAUUUACCCUCAUAUUUUUCGCUCGCGCCGCUGAAGCCUACUUUAUACACUUUAACAAAGUCGACUUCAUUCACUACAAGUUGGCGUUUCGGCAGACAGACGUAUGUAAAUGCUUGUUGGUUUGAAUCACGGAUUAAGUUAUCGCAAUCAUAAAACCAUUGGAGAGGAGGUGAAGGGCUGUUUUCUGGAGAAAGGCAUGGUAUACGUGCAGGUCAUCAGAGGGUAACAGACUGUGGAGAUCCCGUCACUCUUUUACAAGGCUGAGAAUUCUUCUUUCUGAAAAUAAACCUAAAUGGAGCUUCUCUGGGUCUUACUGUUGCUGAAGGUGGUCCUGAUGUCUGCUGCUGCCAGGGGUCCGCCCAGGGUAUUGGAGCGGGUGGCCCACCGGCAAAGCAUCCAUCUGGGUCGCACCAUGAAGCUGCCCUGCCCCGUGGAUAGUGACCCCCCACCGCUUAUCAUGUGGACCAAAGAUGGUCGCAACAUCCACAGUGGCUGGACGCGGUUCAGGGUUUUACAAAACGCUCUGCGAAUCAAAGUGGUGGAGACUGAAGAUGCAGGGACAUACAUCUGUAAGGCUACCAAUGGGUUUGGCAGCGUGAACAUCAACUACACACUCAUCGUUAUAGAUGACUCCAGUUUAAGAGGUGGAGCAGGGACGGCCAAUGGUGACUCUGAACACGCCCCAGAGCUGGCUGGGAAACUGGUACGUCCACGUUUCACCCAGCCGUCAAAGAUGAGGAAACGCGUCAUCGCUCGUCCAGUGGGAAGCUCGGUGCGUCUGAAGUGUACAGCGAGCGGUAAUCCUCGCCCUGACAUCGUCUGGCUCAAGGACAGUCGGCCGCUGGUGGACGAGGACGCUGAAGGAGGGGGAGAAGGGGAAGGAAAGAAGAAGAAGUGGACUCUGAGUCUGAAGAACCUGAUGCCGAAGCACAGCGGAAAGUACACCUGCCACGUGUCCAACAGAGCAGGAGAGAUCAACGCCACCUACAAAGUGGAAGUCAUACAGCGUACCAACUCUAAACCAAUUCUGACUGGCACUCACCCUGUCAACACCACCGUGGACUAUGGAGGAACCACAUCUUUCCAGUGUAAAGUCCGCAGUGAUGUCAAGCCGGUUAUUCAGUGGCUUAAAAGAGUCGAACUUGGUGAUGAGAACAAAUUCAACUCCACCAUAGAGGUUGGAGACCACCGCUUUGUGGUCCUGCCUACAGGGGAGGUUUGGUCGCGUCCUGACGGAUCCUACCUUAACAAGCUGCUAAUAACCAGAGCCAAGGAGGAGGAUGCCGGCAUGUACAUUUGCCUUGGAGCCAAUACUAUGGGCUACAGCUUCAGGAGUGCCUACUUGACUGUGCUACCAGAUCUGAAGCCCCAAAACAACGUUGUCCUCACAGCAACAUCCCCGAGCCUCCCUUGGCCCGUCAUUAUUGGAAUACCAGCAGGAGUUGCCUUCAUCUUAGGCACCGCCCUCCUCUGGUUCUGCCAAUCAAAACGAAGCUGCUCCUCUUCCUCUUCCUCUGCUCUGCCCCCUGCCCAGCGUCCACCUGCAGCCAGUCGUGAUCGUGCAUGCCCAGCGCUGCCUUCUCAAACGGCCAACGGAGAUAAAGAUUGUCUUUCAUAUGAAGACUACGUUGCCCAGCAGCAGCUGCUCCUGGCUCAGGGAGGUAGUGGAUUGGUUCCCAAGGUCUACCCGAAGAUCUACACGGAUAUACACACACACACGCAUUCACACGUCGACGGGAAAGUGCACCAGCACCAGCAUAUUCACUACCAGUGUUAGCACGCUUUGGUGUUUCACACUCAAUUGUUACAUGAGCAUGUCCCUGUGCAUGCAGACUUAUUCACAACAGUCCAUACUAGCUGCUACACUGCAAUGAACAAGGAAAGCCACACACAAGACACUUUGCCGAUUCAUAUUCAUGGAGACAUGGAGUUACAAAAUUGCCGCAUUCUGCUGCAGCCACAUUAUUGUGUAUACACACCUAUUCAAGACACAAACAAUGAAGAAUGUA